UAAGAGAAAAGACGAGAGGAGGGAGCGAGGUUGCCGGGUGAACAGGGAUACGUCAUUGUUUUAUUGAUCUCCCCAUGGUUCGAUUGAUGGAGCGGUCGGCCCGCUCCUGGGGCUCCAGAGAAACAGACAGGGAGUAAAAGCGGCUGUUUUGGGGGAGGGGAGGGGAGAGAGAGAGAGGCACGCGGGGGCCUCGCCAGCGCGCGCACACACACAGACGUUUCACGUCGGGAGAGGACGUUGCCUCUGCCUUUGAGGGGGCGGCGCUUUGGAGGAAGCCCCGCCCCACACUGUGCAGCCGCCGUCACCUCCUCCUCCUCCUCCUGCUGCUGCUGUGGGGCUAAUCAGCGGCCGAAGGGCUCCGGGCGCCUCAGCCGCGGUUGGUUUGGCUGGUCGGCCUGGAGGAGCGAGGGGGGGGCGGCGGCGGCGGCGGCGAGGAAGAGCCCCCCACGUCCGUACGUCCGUCCGUCCGGCCAUGAACCUGCACCAAGUGCUGACGGGGGCUGUCAACCCCGGCGACAACUGCUUCUCCGUGGGGAACGUCGGCGGGCAUCCCUUCACGGCAUAUGCAUCAGGAUGUGAUAUUGUGAUACUGGGGACAGAUUUUGAAAGAUUACAAAUAAUUCCUGGAGCAAAACAUGGAAAUAUACAAGUGGGAUGUGUAGAUUGCUCUAUGCAGCAAGGGAAAAUUGCAGCUUCUUAUGGGAGUGUGAUUUGUAUCUUUGAGCCAGUACAGCACCUGAAAGUGAAGAAUGGUCAUCAUACUGGAUUGCAUUAUCAGUGGCAGAAGGCAGCUCAAAUUUCACUGGGAGAUGUAGUGCAUAACUUAACAUGGGAUCCUACAGGCACUCGUCUGUUAACUGGUUCCAGUUGUUUGCAACUUUGGUCCAAUGUAAACUUUGAAAGUCCAACAGAAGAAGAAAAUCCUGAAAAAGCAGAUGCUCAGAACUGGAAAAUUGUUUGGCAAUGCAAAACUGCUUCGGAGGUUCACCUAAUGAAGUUUGCACCAGAUGGAGAAUUCUUUGCUACUGCAGGGAAGGAUGAUUGUCUCGUGAAGGUGUGGUAUAACACUGAUAGCUGGAAAUCAGCAGUUGCGCCUCAAGUUACAACACCAGAAACAAAAACCCAUGAAACUGAUUUCUCAUUUAUUUACUUGGUUCAUCCACGAUCAGUUAAUGGAUUUUCAUGGAGAAAGACAAGCAGCUACAUGCCACGUGGUGCUGUAUGUAAUGUAUUAUUGACAUGCUGCAAAGAUAAUAUAUGCCGCCUUUGGGCAGAAACUUUGCUGCCCAAUGAUAGUUUGCUGUAUGGAGGUGAAUACAACUAUUGUCCUGAGCCUGUGAAGUUAUCUAAUAAUUUCAAGAGGAACACUUCUAGCAAAGAAAGCAUGAAAAAUGCUUUAGAGUUAAAUCUAAAACCCUUUCGACGAGGACGAAGAAGAUCAUUAGCACUUGCGCAUACUGGAUACUUGCCCCAUCAGCAAGACCCUCAUGAAGUACAUAGAAACACUCCACUGCAAUCAAAUGCACUUUGCCACUUCCAUAUUGCUGCCAGCAUCAAUCCAGCCACAGACAUUCCUUUGCUCCCUUCUAUCAUGUCCCUGAGUCUUAGUGAAAGUGAAGAAAAAAGUGGUCCUUUUGUAGUACAUUGGCUAAAUAAUAAAGAACUGCAUUUUACAUUAUCAAUGGAAGUCUUUUUGCAACAGUUUAAAAAGAGUUUUGAGCAUAUUUCUUCAGAUGCCAGCAAUGAAGGAUCCAAUCAAAUGGAUAUAAAAUCUGAUGAAGAAACAGAUGAUAGUAGACAAGAAUGGAAAAGUAAUCAAGAACAGAGAGAACUCACUGGUGAAAAAGCAGUUCCAGUUUCAAGCUGUUGUCCCUUUCCUUCUGCUGCUGUUGAUCAUGAGGUUGAAAUACAGCUUUCUGAAUGGAAUAAAAAUGCAGAUAUGUUGUUCAGUAUUCAUCCUAUGGAUGGCUCAUUACUAAUAUGGCAUGUAGAUUGGCUGGAUGAAUACCAGCCAGGCAUGUUUCGACAAGUCCAGGUGUCAUUUGUGUCAAGGAUUCCUGUAGCCUUUCCUACUGGUGAUGCAAAUUCGCUGUGCAGAAGUAUUGUAAUGUAUGCUUGUACCAAGAACGUGGAGUUGGCUCUUCAGCAGGGCAAACAGAAGCCGUCUAGCCUUGGGCGUUCCUGCUCUAUGUUGAUCUCUUCAGGUCAUAAUAAAUCAGCAAACAGCUUAAAAUUAAGCAUCUUCACCCCAAAUGUUAUGAUGAUUUCCAAUCAUGCGGAUGGAUCUUUAAACCAAUGGCUAGUCAGUUUUGCAGAAGAAUCUGCUUUUUCAGUUGUACUCAGUAUUUCUCACAAAUCGCGAUAUUGUGGGCAUCGUUUUCAUCUAAAUGACUUGGCUUGCCAUUCAGUACUUCCUUUGUUACUUACAACCUCUCAUCAUAAUGCAAUAAGGACACCAAUUGUUGAUAGCACAAAAGAACUUUCCUCAAGACUUCACAGUAAAGACCCUGCAAGCACAUCACAGGAACUCAAUACUGUUUACAGUGAACUUAUCCUAUGGAGAGUCGAUCCAGUUGGACCAUUAUCUUUUUCUGGUGGAGUUUCUGAACUUGCGCGAAUAAAUUCCCUUCAUGUAUCUGCUUUUUCAAAUGUGGCAUGGCUGCCUACUCUUAUACCUAGUUAUUGUUUAGGUGCAUACUGUAAUUCACCCAGUGCUUGCUUUGUUGCAAGUGAUGGGCAGCAUUUGAGACUUUAUCAAGCUAUAAUAGAUGCCAAAAAGCUUCUCUCUGAACUUUCAAAUCCAGGAAUUUCUAAAUAUGUUGGAGAAGUUUUCAGUAUAAUAAGUCAACAGUCCACUGCUAGACCAGGUUGCAUUGUGGAGCUGGAUUCCAUUACGGAGCUGCAUGGUGGGAAAAUGCAGUUACUUCAUGUAUUUCAAGAAGAGUUCAUUUUGAAUAACCAUGAGAAUGGACUGACCGAAAAAAAGACAAUGUUACCUGACUCUGGAUAUCAGAAAAAUGGCUUUUCUGAAAAAUUUUAUUUAAUUGUACUUGAAUAUAUUCAAAACUGCUCAUUCUUACAUAUGUGGAAAUUACAUUUGAAGUCUGUGCCAGUCUCAGUGGAUGAAAAUAUUGAUGCCAAGGUAUCUGAUGCAACCUCUCAGGAAGAGCUUUACUCUUCUUCUCCAGAUCAAGAGAAACUCCAGUGUACUUUUUCAAAGAAAUAUCAGGCUUGCAAAGAGAACCUUCAAAGUACCAGCCAACUUGCUCUUUCUUCAGAAAUUGUCUAUAGCCAGGAAUUGAAUUUACCUGCAGGAGUGGAGAUCAUAAGUGUUAAACCAUCAGCAGGUCACUUGAGUUCUUCUUCAAUUUAUCCAGUUUGCCAUGCUCCUUACCUCCUUGCAACUUUGUGUUCAGAUGGUAAGGUUAGAUUUUGGAGAUGUAGAGUCCUGCUGGAGCCUGUCAUGGCUUCUGGAUCUGAAUCUACUGCAAACAAAAGUAUGUAUGUAUGGGAAGAAUGGCCAUUACUUAUUGAAGAUGGAUUUCUCAGUAGUAGUGUUCUCAAUGUGCCAGGCAUGCCUCUUGAAAUCAGUUGUGCCCACACAAAUCGCUUUGCCGUUGCAUACAAGCGGAUACCACCCCCAAACAGCCAGUCUUCUCAAGACUUUGUAGUGAAUGUGAGCAUCUUUGAAUGUGAAUCUACAGGAGGUUCUUGUUGGAUCUUGGAACAAACACUUCAUUUAGAUGAACUAAACCCAGUAUUGGACCCUUUAGAUGUUGCCAAUAGUUCUACAGCAGAUGGAAGUGAGCACUUUACACCCAGAGCCAAGCAUUUGGUUCACUUAGACUGGAUGUCUAGGGAAGAUGGUUCCCAUAUCCUGACAGUUGGCAUUGGGUCCAAACUCUAUAUGUUUGGCCAGCUGGCUGGGAAGAUGCAAGAACAAAGUGGCAAGGAGAUGUUUGUACUUCCACUGUGGGAAAAUGUUAAAUCUUCGUGUGCAUCCAGAUUUAUAUUGUUACGAUGUGUGGAUUUGGUGUCAUCAGUGGAAGGAUCACCACCUUUACCUGUUUCUUUAUCUUGGGUUCGUGAUGGUAUCCUUGUAGUUGGGAUGGAUUGUGAAAUGCAUGUUUAUUCUCAAUGGCAGCCCCUUUCAAAACAAGAGCCUGUUACUGGAGACUCCUACAGUGGGAGCACUCCAUCCAUAAUAAGCUUAAUGAAACAGAGUCAGUCACCUGGAGUUCACCCACCAAAGCGAACAUUGACCAGAUCCAUGACAAGUCUUGCUCAGAAACUGAGUGGGAAGCGAACUGUAUAUGAUCUGUCAAUAGAGAUGGAGGAUUCUGGUCUCUUUGAAGCAGCUCAUUCAUUGUGUCCUACUUUACCUCAGUACCAUCCCCUGCAACUUCUGGAACUCAUGGAUCUAGGAAAAGUUCGUAGAGCAAAGGCCAUCCUGUCUCAUCUAGUUAAAUGCAUUGCUGGAGAAGUUAUUGCCGUAAAUGAUCCUGACCAUGAAAAACGGUACCGAUCUCUCUCAAUCUGUGCUAGUGGGAGCAGUACACGGGACCCUAUGAUGUUUAGCAGAUGUGCAAUUACAGACUACACCGAAAUAGACUCUGUUCCACCCCUUCCCUUAUAUGCAUUACUUGCUGCAGAUGAGGAAUGUUCUUAUGCAUGUACAGAAAAAUCUAAUAACCAAAGAAACAUGAAGAAACAUGAUGAAAACUACGAGGAUCUUUUUCAGAAUUCCAGCAUACAUACAGAUGAUUUGACUAUGUUUGAAGAAGAUGAAGAAGAUAAAAAGCCAAAGGUCAUUGAUCUUUCUCAGUACAGUCCAACUUAUUUUGGACCAGAGCAUGCCCAAGUUCUUUCCCGUCACUUACUUCACUCAAGCUUACCAGGACUCACUGGAAUGGAGCAGAUGUCACUUAUGGCCUUGGUUGACACAAUUGCCAUUACUAGUACUGAUAUAGGAGAAAGCAGAGACAGAAGUAAAGGGGGAGAAACACUUGAUGAGUGUGGUUUAAAAUUUCUUUUGGCUGUCCGUCUCCAUACUUUUAUGACAACUUCAUUGCCACCAGCUCACAGAGCCCAGCUGCUUCACCAAGGCUUGUCUUCUAGUCAUUUUGCCUGGGCGUUUCAUUCAGUAGCAGAAGAAGAACUGCUGAACAUGCUACCUGCAAUGCAAAAAAGUGACCCAACUUGGUCCGAACUCAGAGCAAUGGGUGUAGGCUGGUGGGUGCGAAAUAUUCAUAGCUUGCGCAGAUGUAUUGAAAAGGUCGCUAAAGCAGCCUUUCAAAGAAACAAUGACCCACUAGAUGCAGCUGUUUUUUACCUUGCAAUGAAAAAGAAAGCUGUGAUUUGGGGAUUGUACAGGUCCAUAAAAGAUACUAAGAUGACACAGUUCUUUGGACACAAUUUCACAGAAGACAGAUGGCGUAAAGCAGCAUUGAAGAAUGCUUUCUCUCUGCUAGGCAAGCAGCGUUUUGAGCACUCUGCAGCAUUUUUCUUGCUGGCUGGUCAUCUUAAAGAUGCAGUUGAGGUCUGCCUAGAGAAGCUGAAUGAUAUUCAGUUGGCUCUUGUGAUAGCAAGACUUUAUGAGUCAGAGUUUGAAAUCGCUGGGAUGUACAAAUCAAUUCUACAGAAGAGAAUUCUGGGAAUUAGAUCUCAUUCUUCUGAAAUUCCAUCACUUACACAUGCUGAUCCUUUCCUUCGAAGUAUGGCUUAUUGGAUUUUGGAGGACUAUGGUCAUGCCCUUGAUACUCUUCUAAGCCAACCUAUUACGGAUGAGGAAGAUGGAGGAAGCAUCUCAAGCUGUAACCCUUCAGUAUUUAAUUUUUAUAAUUAUCUGAGGACACACCCUCUCUUAUUGAGACGCUAUUUUGGGUCUUCUGAUUUAUCUUCUACAAAGAUAUGCGUAACAGGAGAAAAUGUGCUGGCAGAUGAAAUCAAUUUAGGGGAACGAAGAUUGUUCUUUACUACUGCAUACGCUCACUUGAAGGCUGGCUGCCCCAUGUUGGCUUUGGAAGUGUUAUCAAAGAUGCCCAAAGUGGUAAAAAAGUCAAAGCCUUUAGGAAGAACAUCUAGUUUAAGAGACACUACUAAAAGCUCUUCACCUAGUUCUCCACUACCAGUGGAAUCAAAAGGUGACAAGUUUUACAGUAUUGACUGGGCACAACCUGUAGUAAAUGGUUUAGGUUCAUCUUCGGAUGGGUCAUCAGACAAACAAUCAAGUUCUCUUUUUGAUUGGAGUCAGCCAAGUACAGUAUUCCAGGAUGAUCCUUUGGAGCUAAAGUGGGACAGUGACAAAGAUGAGGAUAGUGAAGAUUCUUGUCUUGUAAUGAAACCUUUGCAGAAGAUAGGAAGUGAGAAACCCAAUGAAGUUAGUUCGAGCUACACAGAAACUUACAGUUCAGGUAUUGAAAAUGAUGUUUUAACUUUAGAAGAAGACAUUAUUUCUGCACAGUUGAAAUUUAGAGCAUGCUUGAAGAUUCUUACAGUAGAGCUUCGCACAUUAUCCACUGGCUAUGAAGUUGAUGGUGGAAAAUUAAGAUACCAGUUGUAUCAUUGGCUUGAAAAAGAAGUGAUUGCUCUUCAGAAAGCUUGUAACUAUUCUGAUGAAGCAGAAGCUGUUGAGUCAGGAAUUAGCCCCAAAGUGGAUGAAGCGUCAUUAAGUGAAAUAUCUGGAGAAUUGUCAGACAUACAACUGAAUGCACAGCAGAAGGAGAAUUCUCAGAGACGGCAGUGGCUGAUAAAAUACCAGUCACUUUUGCGGAUGUUUCUAAGUUACUGCAUUCUGCAUGGAUCUCAUGGUGGGGGCUUGGCAUCUGUAAGAAUGGAAUUAAUUUUGCUUCUACAAGAAUCUCAACAGGAGAUGUCUGUGCAGUUGCCUAUCAAUAACGUAUCUGAGCAGAGCUCUGUACCACUUCUCUUUGCCUGUACUGCAAGUGCCAAAACUGUGGUGGCCAAUCCCUUACUGCAUCUAAGUAACUUGACACAUGACAUACUACAUGCUAUAAUAAACCUUGAUUCACCACCACAUCCUGAUAUACAGAAUACCAAGAUACACGUGAUGCAUACUUUAGCAGCAUCUCUGUCAGCUUGCAUAUACCAGUCUCUUUGUGGAAGUCAUAACUACAGUUCCCUUCAAGCAAAUCAGUUUACUGGAACAGUUUAUCAGACUCUCCUGCUCUCUCACCGACAUUCUCUGAGAACUGCAAGCUCUGAUGAAACAGUAACUCCCAACACUGCACCAGCUCAGUGGCCAGGCGUCGUGGCUCUGAUACAGUUACUGAGUCAUGCUGGGGAAGAUGUUCAGUGUGGAAUCACAGUUUUGCUCUGUGAAAUUCUGACAGCUGUCUAUCUUAGUCUCUUCAUCCAUGGUCUAGCAACGCAUUCAAGCAAUGAGUUGUACAGGAUUGUGGCUCAUCCUCUUAAUGACAAAAUGUGGUUUGCUGUCUUUGGUGGUGGAGCGAAGAUACCCAAGAAAGGACAUGUUCAACAAACAAGAAAAAUGGGUAGGCACUUCCCUAUGCCUAGCCCACACCAGGUAGUAGUAUUCUCCAUGGAAUGUGUGGGGUUUACCAAAUCUCUAACAGCCAUCAGCACUCAUAGUCCUACCAAAUUUGCAGCCUCUUCUCCUGUAGAUGAUGGGGAGAAGCAACACAAACGGUUUAGAAUGUCAUCAAAAUUAUCCCCAAAAGAGACUUCACAAGUUGCUUUGUCAUCAGUGGAGACAGACUCACCAAAUUAUAAAGAGAAGUUUAUUCCCCCUGAACUUAGUAUCUGGGAUUACUUCAUAGCAAAGCCAUUCCUUCCAACAUCACAAAUAAAAUUUGAAUAUGACUCAGAGGAGAGUCAAGAAAGCAGUGAUGAAGAGGGUGAUAGCACAUUCUCAUCAGACUUGAAGUUUCAAGAACAUUCAAAUUCAUAUAGCUGGUCACUCAUGAGAUUGGCUAUGGUUCAACUGGUUCUUCAUAACUUGAAGACUUUCUAUCCUUUGGCUGGGCAUGAUCUUUCAGAGCUUCCCGUUAGCUCCCCACUAUGUCAUGCCGUUCUGAAGAUACUUCAACGCUGGGAACAGGUUCUGCUCAAACGACUUGAGAUGCAUGGUGGCCCACCAGAAGACUUCAUUUCUGUUCAUACUUCAGAAGAUGCAUCCUCAUCUGGUCCUGCACUUUUACGCCAUAAAGUUCUUCUGGAACCAACAAACACCCCUUUCAGGUCUAAAAGUCGCAAUGCGCUGUCUGUGAAGAGACUUUGGCUAUAUCUCAUUAAACAAGAAAUGGUCCAAGAAACCUUCAUCAGAAACAUAUUUAGAAAAACGAGGUGCUUAAAUGAGUCAAUAGAAGACCAAAGUGAACAUAUGAAAAAUACUUCAACAGAAGAAGCUGGCAUCAAUAAGGUAGAGACUGAUCUGGGAUACCCUGGAAAUAAAGCAAGGAUUAUCCACAAAGAGUCUGACAUUAUUACUGCUUUUGCAGUCAACAAGGCAAACAGGAAUUGUAUUGCAAUAGCUUCGAGUCAUGACAUUCAAGAACUAGAUGUUUCCGGCAUUCUAGCAACACAGUUCUACACUUGGGUUGAUGAUGAUGAAGUGGAUGUUAAAGGAGCUGAUGACUUCCUAGUUAUACAUACUCGGGAAGACUUGGGAAACAUUCAGGGAACGACACCUUAUACUCACAGCAAUCCUGGUACUCCCAUCAAUAUGCCUUGGCUUGGCAGUACCCAAACUGGCAGAGGUGCUGCUGUGGUAUAUUCCAAUAAAUUUAAUGGAAUCAGAAAGGAAUUGGCAAGAAAAGAGAUGAUCAAGAAAGCUAUUAGCAAUGUCCGAAGAAUGGCUUCCCAUCCGACACUACCUUAUUAUCUGACUGGAGCCCAAGAUGGCAGUGUGAGAAUGUUUGAAUGGGGACACUCUCAGCAAAUUACAUGUUUUCGGUCUGGUGGCAACUCCAGAAUUACACGGAUGAGAUUCAAUUAUCAAGGCAAUAAGUUUGGAAUUGUUGAUGGUGAUGGAUAUAUAAGUCUUUACCAAACAAACUGGAGGAAUUGUCUGCAUAAUGGAAGCACACCCAAACCAUAUCUGACAUGGCAAUGCCAUAACAAAACAGCCAGUGAUUUUGUUUUCAUCAGUUCUUCAUCUUUAAUAGCCACAGCUGGGCAGUCUACUGACAACAGAAAUAUCUGUCUAUGGGACACUCUGGUUGCACCAAGCAGUAGCUUAGUACAUGCUUUUACCUGCCAUGAUACUGGAGCAACUGUCUUAGCAUAUGCCCCCAAACAUCAGCUGUUAAUAUCAGGUGGAAGAAAAGGCUAUACUUGUUUAAUAGAUCUUCGCCAAAAGCAGCAACGACAAUUUUUCCAGAGUCAUGAUUCUCCCAUUAAAGCAAUUGCUGUGGAUCCUACAGAAGAAUAUUUUGUUACAGGAUCUGCAGAAGGAAAUAUAAAGGUAUGGAGUUUGUCUAACUUCAGUCUUCUUCAUACGUUUAUCAAUGAGCAUUCUCGGCAGUCUAUUUUCAGAAAUCUUGGGACAGGAGUCAUGCAGAUUGAGACAGGACCAGCAAAUCACAUAUUCUCAUGUGGAGCUGAUGGGACAGUAAAGAUGAGAAUCUUACCUGAUCGAUUUACCUCAUUCAGUGAAAUGUUGAAAACUGAUGUGAAACUCAUGCUAUGAACUGGUGUCAGUACUUCAAAAUAUUAUUUACAGGUGGCUAACAGAUGUAAACGUGUGUUGGUGAUUGUACAGGUAACACCACAGUAACAUUUUCUGAUGUUUAUAUUUAUUCUUGGAGCUUUAGUCCUUGAUGCUCUGUUGCCUUAAAGAUUAAUAAGUUCCUUCUGAUUUUGCAUAUAAGCAAUUUUAGAUAAUUCAGUAAAUAUUUAUAAUACAUGUUGGGAGAGUGUUCUGUGUUUAAUUUGUGGUGAAGAUACCCUACAUAGGUGAGCACAGUCUUCUUAUUUUAUUCCCUAAAGACUAUUAUUCAAAGAAGCCUUAAGAGGCCAUCUCUCUUCACCUGAGACAUGAAACUGUGUUGCCAAAUUCCUCCUAGAUAGUUAUGACUAUGGUUGUACUUGUGUAAAAUAAUCAAACUGAAAACAAAUAUCCAUGUUAUUCUGGGACAUGAUAUACAAGACAUUCUAACAGUUGAGCCAUCGCUGAUACCUGGGAUCUAUGUUAAACAUUGUUGCAAUUUGAACUCUGUCUAUGGAGUGAAGAACUGAAAUCUGUCCCUUGUUCUGCAACUUUCUGUGCUUGAAUUAUUGCUAUCAGGAUAGCAGUCUUCAUUGAACCAAGAGAUAUAGAGAAUAUAUAUAUUUUUAACUGAGCCCUGUUUAAAGAUAUGCAAAUAUUGCGUGAAUAUUUCCUUCAUAAACUGAUUUAAGAAUUAUAUUACAAAUUUAAUACACAAAGCUUUAGUGUUGAUGAAACUGUAGGAAUGUGUUGCAUAGGAUACUGGAUGAGAAUUUUUCUUAUAUAAAAUUAUGUCAAUUGAAUCCAAUAAUGUCAUUCCGCUGGCGGAACUGUUUCUGUCAACAGCCAUCAAAGGGGCAGCCUCCCAAAUUUCUGAAAACCUGGAACCUCUUCAGAUCGAAUUUCUAGGUGAUACUGGGGGGCAAUGGGAGAUACACUAGAGAACUCCCAGUAGCAUGACAUUGGAUUUUAAUUCUGUAUGGUAUGAGGAAGAGAAUAGAAAACCAACAGAUAAUGCUAUUUACUCUUUCAAGUGAGGUUGGUUUGAUUUAGUCCAAAGAGGCUGGUUUCUUCCAGCACCUAGAUCAGCACUUAACUUUGUAUUUGCUUUUCUGAAUGAAACAAAUCAAGAAAAUACUGCAAAGGAAAAUAUUCUAGUGUAUGAAAUAGACUAUAGAUUUAUAAUUGAACAAAAUCAGAGUAUGUUGGUUCAUUUUUUUGCCAAAAUGUAAAAAUUGUACAUAUUUUCUGCUUUGACCAAAAUAUACAAAUGCUCAAAGCCUUCAACAUUUUAUGUGCUAAAACAGUCCAUGUAUUGUAACUAAUUUAAGUUACUUGUUUACUUUAGAAAGCUUGAAAAACACUUAAUCUAGGCAAGAGACUGGUUACUCAGAUGCAAAUGAUACACUUUUUCCUAAAAUAUUUUGUGAAACAGUAUCCAUAUAAUUUCAUGUAAAACAAAAUUGUCUCAGAUUGGACACUGUAAAUAAAAUAAAUAUGAAGGGCUUGUUUAAUGAAUUUAUAAUAUUCUCAGGGCACUGCAUUUAAUAAUUUUAAAGUAAAUAUUGUUUUAAAUGUAACCUUAGCAAAUUGGGGGAGGAUUAAGCACUUAACCUCAAUAUUAAUUUGUGCAAUAAUAUGUGAUAAAAUUGUAGAAAAGAAAUGCAGAAUAGCCUUUUAAAGAGUUUGUGCAACUGAUUGAUACAGUGCUUCAACAUUAUUAUUUUUUCUUUGAAUCAAUUGUAAAUUAAUUCCCAUUUGAAGUUGCAGCCUGAUUGUUGAGGCCACAGGUGCUGAGUUGUUGAAAAUAGAUCUGUUCCCUCACAUGUUUGGAAGACAUAUGUUUAAUAGCCUCCACCUGAGACAUGCUGACUAUCUUAGACCACCACAUGCCCAUCACCGUGCCAGUUUAAAGUCACAAACACAAUGAGUAUAUGGUAAGGUUGUAGGAAAAUUGCUCUGGCAUAGAAAAUAUUCUGCAGAAGUAUUUAUGACUGGAUUGAGUGUCUUAGUGCCAUUUUACUCUAUGUAUUUAUAUUAAACUGUUGGUUCUAUUAAUAUAAUUACCUGCCACAUUUAAAUCUAAAAGACCAAUGUUAGCUGCAUUUUAGUAUUUAUGAUAGAACUCUUAAUUUUUGAGUUGGGAAAAAUUAUAUUUGAAUAACGAGAGAGCUGAUUGUACUAAAGCUCAGGUUACCUGCAAUUUAAACAUACACUUCUGCAUUUCUUUACAUUUAGCAGAUUCAAGAUGAAAAUUUAUACAUCUUUUAGGAACCUCUGACAUGUUUCAUUUUAAGCUGGUCAAGAUUUAAAUAUGUAAAAUUGAACAGUUUUAAAAACAAGUGAAUGUUUGAUGCUCUUAAGCUAAUAAUUAAUAUUUUUAAUAUUGUUUUGUAAUGCCCGAAUUCGUGCAGUUUCAUGGUUCCGAAAUGCCAUAGCUGCUAUGAACUGUGCAUAAAGACACAUUUUGCUUCAGUAUCAAGGCAAAUUUAGGGAUAGUUAUAAUUAUACAUUUCUGUCUUCCCUCUGAUUUGUGUCUGAAGUAGAAAUUCAUAUUUCUUGCAUCUCAGACCCAUGGAGUCCUUUCCUUUUCUUUCUGCCUUAUGCAUUUAAGGAAAGUAGUAAAAAAAUCAUUUCCCAUUAUAUGAUCAAUAAGUUACUGGGUUUGGUGUGUCCCUACUGAACUUGAUGGUCAAGUGGCACUACCAGAUACUUAAGCAUUUUUAUCUCUAACCAGCUUCCCAAAAUAACAUUGGGUAGAAGGUAUUUGUAUAUGGUUAGACACUCCAACAGUUUGGUGGUAGUAGCCAUUUUGCUCCAAACAUUAUUUUGACAUAAGAAUUGACAUUUUUAUAGUGCAAGCUAGGCAUGGGACUUCUGUUAGUCCCAUUAAUGCAUUGCAAUAAUACAUUAAUACAUUUUAAUUGUUUUUGUAAGCUUUCAUUGCAUUCUGACAGAAAGCACUUUUCAAACUAAUUUCAUUGAAGCUAAAAGGGUUGAUUAAAAUUUUCAUUUUUAUUUCCCCACUUACAUUUGUCUUUUCAUUUUUUCACUUGGUACCUGUCUGUUCUUUCCCUAGAGGUACCAUACCAAGAGAACAGGUUCUCUAUGGAAAGCAAGUGUCUCUCACAUACACAUACAUGGAGGUUUAAAGCGAGCAAGCCGUGCUGAGAGAACUUGUAAAGGGGUUGGGGAGGAUGGAGGUGACCAGGAGAGAUGGAACAGUGUUCGUGGUGGCAGCUGGAGAGAGGUCUAUUCAUGUACACACAGACACACACCAUGAGUUGGAGCCCAGUGCUUUUGCACAGGAAUCUCUUGUUGAUACCACCAUCCAUCAGGUAUUAUUGAUGGAGAUAGGCAUCUUGAUGGAGAAGACUCUAGCAGGUUCUGAGACAUAAAAACCUUAUUGCCUACUAUUCCUGGUACUUUAUGUUAUUGAGGAAGUACAGAGACCUUCAUCCUAUUUGUGGACUUUUGAGGUGUUAAAGCUUUUGUGACCACAAAGUAUUUUCAAAUCAUGACUGAAGCUAGCCUUUCUUUUUUGAAGGAAGACUUAUUAGUCUGCAAUGUCAGAUUUAAAGGAUGUCUACUUACACAUCACUAUAUAUCGCUCCAGCAAUGAGGGAUGAAGAAUUUUCCACACCAUAUACAGUAUAUCUAUAUUUAUUCAUCGUCUGGGAAAUCAAUCAUGUUAGAUAUCCUAAAGAUGGGAUAUGAACAUCUAUAAGCUAGUUUUUUAAGGAGAAUAAGCAUUGACAAACUCUGGAGCUCAGUUGCCCUUGGGGAAACUGAAAAAUAACAUACAACAACUUGUUCCUGUGCACAACUCAAUUGGCUUCUGACUGGGUCUGAACUAGACUUGUACAUGGUGUAUUUGUCCUCAGCUGACUGAAAAAUACAUACAUUGCUCAGCUUGUUUCCACUUUACAGAAUAUCUUUCUUCAGUUUCAAGUGCAAGUACUGAGACAAAAUGUGAUAAAUUCCCACAGACUCAUGUCCAUCUUUUAGUGAAACAGAAUGUUCAAUUAGUUUUACUGAAUCAGAUUUUUCUCAGCUUGAAAUGGAAGUGAAAAGUAGUGCAGAGUCAAUGAAUGAAGCAAAAGGUGCUACCUGUGAGGGGGGAAAAGUCCCAGGUACAGCUCUCUUUAGAUAUUGUGCCUCUUAAAAUAGUGUUCUUUCAAGUGCGGUCAUAUUUAUCCAAAAAAUGACUAUACCUGAAAGAACACCUUUUUUAAAGGUAUAUGCUGUUCUUUUUAUUACAGACAUUCCAACAAAACAAUCUCCACAUGAAGCUUUCAAUGUGUUUGUAGAUAACAUUUCAAACACGCUAAAUCAGAUAAUAUUCAUUUUCAGCACUGGGAAACUUUCCAAUUCUCCUUUAUCUGCAAAACCCACAUCACUGCAUCCCUUCUAUUAGCAGUUUUGUAGUUUAAUCUUGCAGAGGUUUGUUAUCAGUACUGUAUACUUCUCAUUAAACUGUCAGCAGCUCUGAGAGUCUUCACAAAAA